CACUCCACCACAACGCUGCAGCCGGGUCGCAUGGCACACUCGUCCUGAGCGUCAAAGCGCGCCGCCCGUCAUGUCUGCGCUUGCACUCGCAGAGCCCGCGUCGGCCAAGCGGCGGCGGCGAGGCGAUGCGCCUGCCGCCUCGAAGCAGGGCGAGGGCGAGGUUGCGGUUGGCGGCUCGGGCUCUUCAUCUGCUGCUGCCUCAGGCUCAGCCUCGAGAUCCGCCUCGUCUCCAGCGCCCACCUCAGAUGCCGCAGCGCCAACGCGCCUUGAGUCGCUCGGCGGCGCACUGACACGGGCGCUCAUUGGCACGCUGGCCUUUGUCUUCCGCGCGCCCGUCCGCCUCUUCCGGCCCGUCAAGCUGAGCUCAUGGACGCUGCUCGAGGCUAUGGCCAAGCGCGAGGGACGGACGCUGAGCAUGCGCUAUCUGCGCAUGCUCGUGCGGCGCGAGCAGGCCUCUUUUCUGCCACAUCUGCUGCUCCCUCCGCUUCUCGCCAACACAGCCGUCGGCUUCACGCUCUUCGAAGCCUACACCUUGACCGAGUCUCGUCUACUCUCCAAACGCUUCGCCCCCAAUUCCCGACCCGACUUCACGCCAUUAAGCAUCGUCGGUGUCGCAGGAUUCGUCGCAGGCGCAGCUCAGUGUCUCGUCUCUGCACCGCUCGACAAUGUCCGCCUCGUGCUCUCCUCGCGAAGACAUUCGAGGCAUAAAGGAGGAGCUAUUGGCAAGGCUCUUUCCUGGCGCGCCGUCAUUCAGGCCGCAUUGCUGCCCUUCGCGCCUUCCAACACCCGGCAGAAGCUCGUCAAGGCCGUGCAAGCAGCCACGCCCACUCUCUCCACCUCUUCCUCGUCUACCUCAGCGAAGAGCCUCAGCGCACAGGAACGGCGCAAAGCUCUAGCUGCCCAACUAGCGCGCCUGCGGUCCGGCGUCCACGGCGCCGGGCUACUCAUGAGUCUGGCACGCGACAGCAUCGGCUUCGCCGCAUUCUUUGUGGUCUUCGAGGUCUCGCGGAGAGUAGCAUACCAUGCUUCACGCGGCGUCGAUCGCGGCAUCGCACGCCUCAACGCCUCAGCUACACUGCCGAUGCAUCUGCCGUACGAUGACGGACCCACUCGAGCGCAAGACGGCGAGAUGACGACGCAGCAAGCGACAACGCCGGAUCUGGCGCGCUCGAGAACUCGGAGUGCCCGCUUUGUCGCUGCGUUCGUGCUCGUGGUGGGCGGAGCCAUUGGCGCAGCGAUCUACGAGCUCGUCGGACGACCUGCAGAGCUCAUGCGCGCGGUCAUUUGGCAAGGACGCAAGGCGGCGGAGAGGGGAGAGGUGCAGAGCAAGGGAAGGAAAGGCGCGAGAGGAAGAGCGAGUGCGGAGAGGAAGGGAGAGUGGGAGAGAUUGAGAGGUGGGAACAGGAUGGGAGAGACGGGAACGAGAGUGCACACUUUGCUGGCGCAUGCUCGGGCCACGACGACGCAUCAGCACGCUGCUGCACAAGGCGGCGAGAUGCUCAAUGCGCACGCUGCUGCUGCUUCGAUUGCCGCCUCGGCAUCCGGUAGCUCUUCCUCUCAAGCUGUGCCCCACGCUCGGCAUGUGCCGUCUGCGGCGCAACGCCGGACGCUGGGACCGAUCAGUGCGCAUCGUCGACGACGCCUCGGCCUCUCUCCUUCUGCUCCUUCCUCCGCGUCACCGCCUCCCGCCUCUGCCGCCUCUACCAGCAAGAAGGGCAGCACUUCGGCACCAGCACAGCAGCGCCCCAGCGCGUGGAGUCUGCUCGUGCAGCAUGCGCGCCGCACCAGUCGGCUCUCGGACGUCGCAGUCGGCGUCGCAGCGAACGCUAGUCGGCAGGAACGCACGGCUGCCGCGGCAAGAGCGCCGCUCUGGCGAGUCAUGGGCCACACGUACUUCAUCGCGCCUUACGUGCCCGCUCCUCUCCGCGCUCCUGCUCCUCCGAAACCAAGCAGCAGCAAGGCUGCGACGCCAGUGCGCUCGAUGCUGCUGCGUCUCCUCCCGCCACGCUUCCAGCCGGCGCCGAGCAGUCUGCGCACGCUGGCCGCUGCGCAGUCCUGGGGCCAGGGACGUGCUGCAUGGGCGCUGCGCCGUCUUGCCAGCCCGUACGGCCUCGGCUUUCUUGCCUAUGCGUGGCUCGCCGGCGAUCUGGCGCCCUGAGAAGGCAGGAAUAGAACAGCACUUCAGAGCGCGGGCGCGUGCGAGGU